CACUGCCGCACCUCUGGGUUUCACAAUCACAACUUCAGUCAAUUAUUCAUAUUGCCAAUUCCUGUCAGCAGAGUCUUGAAAACCUCAGUGUCCCAUUUUUCAAUUUUCUUUUGAACGCUGCACGGUCUGUCCUUGCAUUUGCAGUUUCUCUACUUCAACUUCGUCCAGCUUAAUCCAUAAUCAAGCAAUGGCUUCAUCGAACAGUGAGUGUUGCGCUGCCCGGUCAGUUCAUCUCAGAUUCCAACCAGACGACGAGUGCGUCGACUUGUUCUACAACGAAGUCACGGUAGAAAGAACAACAUCCGGGUCUUACUUCAUGGUGUGCGGUUGGAGCUGUGGCUACUUUGGGAUUCAGCAGCUGACCGACGAUAUGAAACAUAACAAUAAGAUUGCGCUAUUUUCUGUCUGGGAUCCGAUAACUGGCGACGAUCCCCAUCGAGUAAACCCGAGUGACAGAGUUGUGGUGGAAAACGUCGGAUGUGGCGUCCAGGUAGACCGUUUUGGUGGUGAAGGAACCGGAGCCAAAUUGAUGGCUCCUUUGCCGUGGAAAUUGGACGAAACUGUGGCCUGUUUCGUCCAAGCACAUCGAGAAGGACAUCUUUCCUGCUAUACCGGCUGGAUUAAACGUCCAGGAACGGACGACUGGUGGCGUUUGGGUACGUUGAAAACGCGAGCUGGAGGUAUUCUCCUGAAACAUUUGUACUCGUUCAUCGAAGACUUUCGCCGAGAUGUUUGCAGCGCCCAUCAGAAUCGACAAGCCUUAUUCGGCAAUGGAUGGGUGAGGGUCGGGGAAAAACAUCCAACGCGAUGGCGACCUCUUUCCACGGCUCACUUCACGGCAUCGGACGCUGAAUGGGAGGCGAAAGAGACCAUCGACGCCGGCACUUGCACCAAGGGCUUCUAUCUAAGUACGGGUGGGGAUGUUUGUUCUUCCAUCGACAUUGGUUGUCGGAUCGACUGCAGCCACAUCCACUGCACGCCACCGACACUACCGAUACCUUAACUCACCUAUCGUAUGUACCAACGCAACAAAAUAAGCAUAACAUUUCUUUUCUGCUUCUUCAAUUCAACCAAUGAAAAAAUGUGAGAAAAAUACAAGUCGAUGAGUGACUGAA